CCAAACAUGAAGGAAGUGGUCAUGAAAGAGGUGAUCAAAUUGCUAGAUGCGGGAAUCAUCUAUCCUAUCUCUGAUAGCAAGUGGGAUGUUCCGUUCAAUUUUGAUGACGCUUGCAUGGAAGCUUUCAUCAAACUUCGCAUUCUCCUCUCCUCUGCCCCGAUCAUGAAACCCCCUAAUUGGUCUCUUCCCUUUGAGAUCAUGUGUGAUGCAUCCGAUUAUGCAUUAGGGGCGGUUUUGGGCCAACGUGUGGAUAAACUUCCGCAUGUCAUUUAUUAUGCUAAGUUUGACAUUGACAUCCGGGACAAAAAAGGGACCGACAAUGUUGUCGCCGAUCAUCUCUCUCGCUUACUUAUUGAGAAAUCUUCAGAAUUUGCAGCCAUCCGUGAUUCCUUUCCGGAUGAGCAACUUCUUCAAGUUUCACAUUCUACUCUUCCGUGGUUUGCGGAUAUUGUCAAUUAUCUUGCGGUUGGCAAAAUUCCAGCUCAUUGGUCCAAACAAGAGAGGGACCAGUUUUUCUCCCAAGUCAAGCAUUUCUUUUGGGAAGAUCCGGAAUUAUUCAAGUAUUGCCCGGACCAAAUCAUCCGGCGAUGUAUUCCUGAAACCGAGGCCACAAGCAUUUUAAAUUUUUGCCAUACUCUUGCUUGUGGAGGCCAUUUCACGGUGGAUUAUGUGUCUAAAUGGGUUGAAGCCGCGGCUACCAAAACCGAUGAUCAUAAAGUCGUGAUCCAUUUCAUUCAAUCUCACAUCUUUAGUCGUUUUGGUACACCCCGAGCAAUCAUUAGUGAUGGCGGAUCUCAUUUCCGAAAUCGUUAUCUCAAAUCCGUCCUUGCUAAGUAUUCAGUCAUUCAUAAGGUUGCUACACCUUACCACCCUCAAACGAGUGGUCAAGUAGAGAUUUCUAACCGGGAGAUUAAGCACAUUCUAGAAAAAACGGUUAGACCGGAUCGCAAAGAUUGGUCAUUACGGCUAAACGAUGCACUUUGGGCUUACCGGACAGCUUAUAAGACACCCAUUGGCAUGUCACCAUAUCGACUUGUCUUUGGCAAAGCAUGUCAUCUCCCGGUAGAAUUAGAGCACCGUGCUUAUUGGGCCGUAAAAAGGUUCAAUUUUGAUCUCAAACAAGCCGGCUCUAAUCGUGCGUUGCAAUUAAAUGAACUUGAGGAAUUGCGUAAUGACGCGUAUGAAAAUGCAAAAAUUUACAAGGCAAAGACUAAAGCUUUUCAUGACAAACACAUCGUCAAAAAGUCUUUUGCCCCAGGACAAAAGGUCUGGCUUUUCAAUUCCCGCUUGAAGCUCUUUCCCGGUAAACUCCGGUCAAGAUGGGAUGGUCCAUACAUUGUCACUACCGUCUUUCCUCAUGGAGCAAUC